AUGUCAUGUGCAAGUGACUUCUUAUCAACACUUAUUAUUUCAAAGUUUGCUUCUGUAUUAGGAAGUUUUGGUGCAGUGGAAUCUUCAGAAAAACUGUCAGAGGAACUACUUAGUGACAAACUUCUAAAGGACGACGUAGCAUAUCUAACCAGAACGAUAUCCCCCAACAUCCCAUUCAUAGGGCUCAUAUCUGGUGGCUGUACAACAGCCAAACAUGUAGUUGCCCAUAAGUGGAAUAAGAAGGAGGAGUCUGAGGAAAUAUCUGAGGAAGCUAAACAUAUCUUAUUAAAUACAGAAUGUCACACUACGGAGAACCACAUGAGUGGGGAAACGCUUGGGAAGGAACAGAGUUCGAAGACAUAA